AUGUCUUUAGCAUUACGUUCAAUUAUUAGCCGCUCAUCGUUACGCUCCUCAUUGCGUCUUCCUCCUUGCACCCGCACAUUCAAAACAGGUACAGCCAUCCCUACUGGUCUUUCAGGAUUACGUGAAGACUCACCAACCAAUAAAAUCGAUUUCGCAGACCUCACUCGUGAUGGUACUUACCUAAUCAUCGGCGUCCCUGCUGCCUUUUCGCCCGGUUGCUCCAAUUCUCAUUUACCAGGAUACGUGAAAUUACUAGAUCAGUUCAAAGCACUUGGUGUCAAAGAAUUCCUGGUCACGUGCGUCAACGAUCCCUUUGUUACCCGCGCAUGGCGUGAAUCAUUAAAUCUUCCUUCGGAGUUUCGCGUUAUCGCCGACACCCGCGGGACUUUUGCCGACGCAGGAGAUCACUUAUUUGAUGCACGAGCUAUUUUUGGAAAUGAACGUAGUGUACGUUAUGCUACGCUUGUGCGAGACGGCCGUGUGAUCCGUGAAUGGGUCGAGCCAGAUGCUACGGGAGUCAAAGUCUCUGCUGCAGAAAAUGUUCUACUUUCUUUGUAG